UGGGAUUUCGCUGCUGGGCUCCCUCUCUCUGCGGCCCUAGAGUUAAUCCCAUCAGCCGAGAUGAACCUCUAGUCUUGCUUUGAAAAGAACUAUUUUGUGUAACUCUUGACUGUGAGUAAAUUUCUAAUACACCCGUUGGAACCAUCAGUGGACAGUAGUGCCCUUUGAGAGGCCCUUUACCUGGUCAAAUACUGGGGAUCAGGAAGAGAGGUCUUUUUGGUUUGUUGUUGUUUUUCCCCGUGAUCAUUAUGAGCAUUGGCUUUUCACCCUUGAAGUAAAAAUGUUGAAAGCUGAAUCUUCAGGUGAACGAACCACUCUCAGAAGUGCCUCUCCUCACAGGAAUGCAUACAGAACUGAGUUCCAGGCACUGAAAAGUACUUUUGACAAACCCAAGCCUGAUGGGGAACAGAAAACGAAAGAAGGCGAGGGCUCCCAGCAGAGCAGGGGUAGGAAGUAUGGCUCCAAUGUCAACAGAAUUAAGAACCUGUUCAUGCAGAUGGGUAUGGAACCCAACGAGAAUGCUGCUAUCAUUGCCAAAACGAGGGGGAAAGGUAGGCCCUCAUCCCCUCAGAAGAGGAUGAAGCCCAAAGAAUUUGUGGAGAAAACGGACGGCUCAGUGGUUAAACUGGAGUCCUCUGUCUCUGAACGGAUUAGCAGGUUUGACACAAUGCACGAUGGCCCUUCCUAUGCUAAGUUCACAGAGACUCGAAAGAUGUUUGAGAGAAGUGGGCAUGAGUCAGGGCAGAAUAAUCGCCAUUCCCCAAAGAAAGAGAAAGCGGGAGAGGCCGAGCCACAGGAUGAGUGGGGUGGCUCCAAGUCCAAUAGAGGCAGCAGCGAUUCCUUGGACAGCCUGAGCCCUCGGACAGAGGCUGUCUCUCCAACUGUGAGCCAACUGAGUGCCGUGUUUGAGAACAGUGAGUCUCCAGGUGCCAUCACUCCUGGGAAGGCUGAGAACAGCAACUACUCGGUGACUGGGCAUUACCCCCUGAACUUACCAUCUGUCACCGUGACCAAUCUGGAUACCUUUGGCCGUCUCAAGGAUUCUAAUUCAAGGCCUUCUUCAAACAAACAAGCUACCGACACAGAAGAGCCUGAGAAGAGUGAGGCUGUGCCAGUACCGGAAGUGGCUCAGAAAGGUACCUCUUUAGCUUCAUUGCCUAGUGAAGAGAGACAGCUGAGCACGGAAGCUGAGGACGUCACAGCUCAACCAGACACUCCGGACAGCACUGAUAAAGACAGUCCUGGAGAACCUUCUGCUGAAAGCCAGGCAAUGCCCAAGUCUAAUACCCUCUCCCGACCGAAGGAGCUAUUAGAAGAUGCUGAAGCUAAUGUGGUCGGGGGUGAGGCAGAGCAGCCACAGAGGAGAGACCUGACAGGUGGUGGUGACCUAACCUCCCCCGACGCGUCUGCUUCCAGCUGUGGGAAAGAAGUACCUGAAGACUCGAACAGUUUUGAGGGCUCCCAUGUAUACAUGCAUAGUGACUAUAACGUGUAUCGGGUGAGAUCCAGGUAUAACUCGGACUGGGGAGAGACGGGCACAGAGCAGGAUGAGGGGGACGACAGCGAUGAGAACAAUUACUAUCAGCCCGACAUGGAGUACUCGGAAAUUGUUGGCUUGCCGGAAGAGGAAGAAAUCCCAGCAAAUAGGAAAAUUAAGUUUAGUUGUGCUCCGAUUAAGGUAAGUAUGCCUUUUCAGAUUGUUCCUUAAGUUUCCUUUCAGCAUCGGAGGUCUGAACAGCAGGACAGAUACGUGUACACACACACACACACACACA